AUGUCUUAUAGCGCCUUUUUGGGCGACUGCCAGUACCGGUCGGCGCGGCGCGGCAACCUCAGCCGCCACCGUGUCACCAUGCACCGCCAGCUGGCCGAGCCGCUGCUCUGCUGCCGCGCCAGCUUCGACACCAAGCACGCGUACGAGCAGCACCGGCGCCGGGCUCACGCGGCCGGCUACAGCUGUGGCGAGUGCGGUCGCACGUUCGGCCGGCGCGCGCUCAUGACGCGCCACAGCUACAUCCACGCGGCGCGCAAGCCGUUCGAGUGUGUCAGCUGCCGGCGCUACACGACCGCCAGCAAGUCGAACCUGCGCCGCCACCUGCAGGACACGUUCUGA